GAGGAUCCACGUAGGAGGUCAGAGCUUCAUGUUUAUGGGAUUAAUGUUUUUUAAGGAUUUUUAAGUAAACCUAAGAUGAUUUGUUUACAUUUUCACAUGGUCUUACUGAGGUGAUGCAAAGUGAAACAUGCUUUACCUGUUUAAAGUUGAUUGGGAGGUGAUGGAGUCUGAAACCAUGUGAUCACUGUAAGCUCUGUGAUUUAUUACCCAAUGGACCAGCAACGCCUUCACUGUGUUUAAAUGAGAAUGAAUCCAGCUUUACUUUAAUAUAGUCGGUACUGUGCAAAAGUCUUGAGCCCUCGUUUCACUCGUUUCUUUACAUUUUGCAGGAGAAUUGGAAACGGAUGCAGCGAUUCACUGAAAUGUGCAAAUAUUCAUUAAAAAUACAGAAUAUGAGGCAAAAAUCUAGUCUUUACAGUUCUAACGAGCUUGAACGUGAAUGUUUGGUCUGGCCUUCAUCCUUCAGCUCUCUCUGAACUCUCUGAGCAGCUCUCUGGCGUCUCUGUGAGGACCUGCAGGAACACUUCUCCAGACUUCUUGAAGGACAUUCAAAGCUCUUCUGCCUUCUGUUGAUGAUGUUGAUGACUCCACACUGUUUAUGUCCUGCUGAGCUUUGUGCUCUGGGACUGCCAGACCAUGACUGAUAGUGUUAUUGUCUUAUAGCUCACGUCACUGCUUAUAUCUGAAGUCCUGCUGGCAGAAAUGCCCUUCAGUCAGAAAGGUUGAUGGUCAGGAUGAACCUGGACACUUCUUUGCACACAUGUGUGUCGUAUCUUUUGCAUGAUAAGUACUGAUAGAGACAGACGUGAGUCUGUAUUUAUAUUUCUUGCAGCCUGUUAGCACUGUACCUCCUGCCUUUCCAAACGGCUCUUCUGUGUUUCUGUCUCAUCGUUCUGCUGAUGAACAUUUGUCGCCCACCGUGAUCUCAGCACGUCGUCCUGGUUCUGGAGAGCAGACGUGUGUUGAUCUGAGUCCUGUGAUUUCCAGUAGUGAUUUAUUCCCAAGACAAAAUCAAACCGUCCUCUGCCGCCGUGUUGUUGCACAAUAAAAAUGAUGCAGCUGUCAGAAACGGUCCGGCCCUGGUUAUUGUCUCAGAUACGACGCUCGUCUUAUCCUGUCUGCUUCUGUCGCUUUCCUUCAUUUACUUCUUGUUAUUUUCCUGAAAUGUGCUCCAGAGUGACAAAAAUAUGUGCUGGAGUUUAUGCUGCACUAAAACCUCUGUGACAUCGAUGCACUCGCUGCUAACAGGAAAGCCAGAGGAGCAGAUGCAUCCCAGCAAAACACUGAUGCAGCUUUUUCACAUUAAACUGAAGUGAUAUCAGAUACAGUCCUGAUUAAAGCUUUAAGACCACUUGAAAAAUGGCAAAAAUCAUAUUUUGCAUGGUUGGAUCUAAAUAAAUGUUGUUACUAAGAAAAUGUUUUAUUCACAAAUGCAGACAUUUCAAAGCUAAACGACAUGAUUUUGAAAAUGAGAAGUGAUAUGAAGUGUAUGUUAAUCACAGAAUCAUAAUUCAUACAUGAUUUCAUUGAUAGUUAAUUAUGUUUAACUGCUCAGCACUGAUCACUUCCUGCUGCAGAGGGUGGAACAACCAGUGAUCAGGUUUAGGGGGCAGUUACUUUUGCACACAGGGCAGGUUUGGGGAGAGUUUUUCGCUUUAUAAAUGAAACCAUCAUUUAAACAAUACUGUUUGUAUUCUCUUUAUGAUCUUUGUCUAGAAUGGAAACAAGUUUUAUCAUGUAAAACAUCAAUCAGACCAUCUUCUCAGCACUACACCCACUCUCCUGUUGGCAUAUGUCUGCUGUUUCCUGUUCACCAGUGGAUCAAUGGAUUCAUGUAAAUGUUGAAAUGUGAAUGACGGCCAUGAGAAUAAUCUAAAUGUACAUCCACCACAUGGUCAAAUAUUACUGAACCGGUGGUCCAAACCUCCACAGGAUGUCGGGAUCUGUCUGUGGAAGUUUCAAGGUUCAUUUGUUUGGAUCACCUGGAGAGUUUCCCUCCUGCAGGGUUUUCCUCUCUAUCAGCAGUGCUUCCAUCUGUGCAGCCCGUCCAGUUUUCCCAGCAGAGGAGGAGACAUUUCAGGGCUGGUUAAUCAUUUUUGAUCUAACUGCAGCACAGACUCUACUCUCACCCUUCCAUGUUUUAGACAUGCUGUGCUGGAUUCCCUGCUUCUUUCUGGGCUUUUUAUUUUGGGGCUCAGCUCAUGGGGUUCCCCAGACAAACGCCCGCCCCGACGUCACAGACCAGGAGCUGUUCUGGGGUUCUGACCAGUACGACUUUGCUAUAGUGCUUCCUGCUGCUGGGUUGGAGUGUUUCUGGCACUUUGCUCACCGUGGAGAGAGAUUUUACUUGAACUUCAUGGUCCAGUGGGUGAUGGGAGUCGGCCAUGACAGACACCUGUCAGUCACCGUCAACACUCCGAGUGAUCUGUUGCUGUCUACUGUUGAUGAUGCGAAGGGCCAGAUCAACUUUGAGGCUGCAGAAUCAGGUUUCUAUCAGAUGUGCUUCAGCAACUUCCACAACCGUUUCGGCUCGAUGCAGAUUUCCCUCAGCUUUGGUGUUUACUAUGACACCUACCAAGAUCCCUCAAAGAGCGAGGAGGAGGAGAAGAAGAAGAAGGAGGAGAUCAGCAAAGAGCUGAACAACACACUGAGCGUCAUCGAGACUACGACCCACAAAGUGGAGACCUACGUCUUUCACAUGUUCCGGCACUACGGCUUCAGUCGGAUGAGAAAGAGCGUAGACUACUUCCUGCUGCAGUCCAACUCAAAGUACAUCACCUGGUGGUCGAUGGCCCUCAGCCUCCUCAUCGUCACCUCUGGGUACCUGCAGCUACUCUUCCUCAAAAGCCUCUUUGUCAACAAUACCGGCACAGAGGGCGAGAAGCCUCGAUGCUGAUAGACUAAAAAUAAAAAUGUCUGGAUGUUUUGUGGAGGAAAGGCAGACACGAACAAAUGGAAAAGCAGUGAUGGUUCUUUCUCUUUGAAUGAAUAAAUAUUAGAAAUAA